AUGCUCAGAUUCGCAACAUCUUCCCUUGUCUCUCUCUCGCGGCCAUUUCGCUUCAAUCUUUCUCGCCGGGCGGUUUACUGUACUAAUUUACGCUGUGCUGUGUGUGAUUUUUUUUCCUUUCUUUGCGUUGAACUUUGCGUUUUCAUCCCCUGCAAUGGCUCCCAAGCGUGCUGCUUCUUUCAAGGCUGGUCUUCUGCUAUUUUCAUCUUCCAUUUUCUAAACCGUUCUAUUGUGUCCUUUUUUAUUUCCUCUCGCGUAUUUCUGUCUCUAUCAUUUCUUCCCAUCCGUUUUAAAGAGCCGAUCUUUAAUUCAAACCAACACAUCGUUUUUACUUGCUUCCUAUCUUUUCUUUUUCUUUUCUUCAUUGCUUCAUUUUUCCCCUCUUUUUUCAUUAGUUGCUUCUAUUCUUUGUUACAUCCACUCUUCCUUCUUUCCUUGUUUCUUUUUCCUUUCUUUUUUAAUUUCUUCUUCCUUUAUUCUCGUCAUCUUUCUUUCUUUCUUUCUUUCUUUCUUUCUUUCUACUUCGAUCGUUGUUUUCUCUCUCCAUUCUUUCCUACUAAGAACUAUACAUUAUCAUGUAUAUCUCUCACUUUGUUUCUAUAUCUAUCACUUUCCAUAUCUCUAUAUCUCUUUCUGUUUCUAUCUCACUCUACCCCCGUCUCUCUCUCUUUCUUUAUUUAUCUCUCUCUCUUUCUUUAUUUAUCUCUCUCUCUUUCUCUCUCUAGCUCUAUCUCACUCAUUUUGUCACUGUUUCUAUCUCUAUCUCUGUCUAGCUAUAGCUAUCUAUCUAUCUAUUUCAACGUCAUUACUGAGAAGAUAAUACUAAGUAAGGUGCUAGAAAUUGCGUAA